AUGGCUCGUUCGGCAGGGUUCCUGCCUACGGGUCGCAGGUAUUGCAGCGCGGUGCCAGCUCUGGACAAGCUCUCGUGCUCCAGCGUCACACCUGGUGUCAACCCGUGCUGCAGGAGCUCUUUUGUGGUGCAUCCCGCCUGGAUCGCCGAGCCUCUCACCCCCCAGAGGUGCCACUGCGUCCCCUCCCCUGGCCCAGCAUGGAAGAGGCUGAGCGCACCAGGGAUAUCAGUGGGCUUAGGCUGCAACGUACCUGUGCUGGUGAGAGGGGAACAAGAUGGAUUUUACUACCGUGGUACAGUAAAAGAGGAGAUAGAGAGUGAGAGAGGCAUGUUUCUGGUAGAGUUUGCCGAACCACUUGUGUCACGUGGAAGCCAUCCAGUGCGUGUGCAAAAAACAGCAAAGGAUGACAUCCUGGAAUGUGUGAACGGGAUGAAGCACUCCUUACUCCCUGGAGACAAAGUGUUGGCACCCUGGGAGUCAGAUAUGGCCAGGUACGGCCCAGGAACCGUCCUCACGGGCAUUGAGACAAGGGACCCCUUACGAGCCUCAGAAGAUGAAGAAAUUAUGAUCCAGUUCUGGAAUGACAAGAAAGUGAAACUCCAGCGAGGUGUGGCUCUGUGGAUCCCUCCUAGCCUGUGGGAGAGGAUUGUAGAGAUGAUCCACAUGCCCUUCACCAGCAGGGCGAAGCCCAGAGAAAGUCCAGAUGCUAACUCUUGUACUUUUUCCUGCAGUCCUAAUACAGCCUUGAUUCCUGUUUGUGCUGUACAUAGCCUUGCCAAGCACUGCCUCCUCUGCUCACCCUGCUGGCCACGUUUGCACUAUCACUGUGAUGGUAUAUGCUGUUCGUCAGCAUAUGUAAGGUGCAUCUGCUGCUGCUAUCCCCAUGUUGAUGCUUGGUGGCCGCUUCCAUCCAGGUCUCUGGUCUUUCAGAGAGAAACUGAAGAGGCAGAGUCCAGCGGCAAGCCCUCUCCACACCUUCUAGAACUGGAAGGUCCAAACCAAGAACAACCAGCAGUUGUGGCAGCAUCUUCCCCCUCCUCUGAUUCAGAGUGGGACCUGGAACCGUUCCCCGCUAAGAGUACUGUGGUGGACAGUGCUGUUAACACAGCGUCUGUCUGUCUUGAGAAGCCCAGGCUAAAGGAUUCUGCAAGACCAGAGGGGAAAUACUGGAAAAGAAGCCACCACAAGUCCCAUCCCAGUAGUUCAGCUCUUCUUUUGGCAACUCAUCCCAUGGAAAACUACCAGGACAAUGAAUCUUAUUUGGAAGCACAGAUAUGCCCCUCUGACAGCAUAUGUACAAAGGGCAGGCCGGAAUCCAAAGCCGUCUCUGCUGGGGACACGUCCCACGUUGCCCCAACUAAUCGGAGUGCAAUGUUUGAAACCAUCAAGCAGGCUCCCAGAGGGCAACUUGCAAUGAAAGAAGUCUUAAGAGACCAAGAUUUCAAGCCAUCAUUUGGGACUAGACUUCCAAGGGAUUUGUUUUCUGUCCUCCACGAAGAAGGUUUUACAGCAUCAGAAAAAUGAAGACAUAAAAGGGCAAGAAAGAAAACAGCGUCAUAUGAUAAAUGUAAAGCGACUUGCACAGGAGAUGACAAACUUGACGAUACAGACCGUAAAGCAUCAGGUGAUUCAAUAGCAAAGUACUCGCUAGUGCGAGGCCGUGUCCGGAGUGAAAGAGUCACGUGCGGCCCAGCGCUGUGGCGCUUCGCUUUGAUGCGGCGUGCACGCCGGCCUUCCAACACCCCCAACGUGCACCAGGCAACGCGGCGGCACUUGCUACGCCCAAGACGGAGCAACUGCCUGGCUCCGCUGUCCUGCAAGGCACUGGCAAGCCAUGUGUCAGUGCCCUCAAACCUUUCCGGCUGGCUUUGCCGAGAUAAAACGCAGAGGCAA